CUCUAUAAAAGGAGUCGCUGCCAGACUGAGGCAUGCAGACACUCUGGAAACUCCGGAAGGAAGCAACUUGAAAAGAAUAACCUAUUCCGAGCGGUCAUGCACAGGUUUAGAGUAGCAGUGGCUGUGUGGGUGGUGUGUAUGCUUGUAACAUCCAACCCAGCUGAAGCUUGGUACAAGCAAGCAACUGGUCCAUCCUAUUACUCCGUGGGAAGGGCUUCGGGACUGCUGUCUCCCAUCCGGAGGUCGCCGUAUGUCCGACGAGCUGAGACGGAGCCUGAAGGCGAAGUGGCCGGAGAUGAGUCCACCGAUAAAAACUCCAUUUCUGAGACGAAUUUCCGACAGUCAGCCUUUUUCAAAACUUUGCCAAUCUGUGUGAAAGAUGUAUCUCCAAAUGUGCAAAGCUGCGAACUGGUCCAAGACGGGUCGGCUGUAUUUCAGUGCAAAGGCGAUUUGAUCAUCUCGCUGGACACGCGGGAGUGUGAAAGACUCUGAAUAGCCUCUCGCACACAAGGGAGCACCAUGGACACUUUGAACCAACAAUGAAGAGCGGCACAAAGGCCAU